AUGGGAGGAAUGGGAAGAACUAUCCCCGGAAGCUACGCCGAGUACACCCGUGUGCGGGCUGGCAACGUUGCAUCUAUCGACAGUUCGUUGAUCUGGGAAGACCUUGCAGCAAUUCCUGAAUAUACGCAACUGCCUGGGCAUACCCUGCUUGUGCGUGGCGGAAUAUCCUCUUUCGGUCAGGCCGCAAUCAACUUGGCAGUAAACGCUGGGGCGAAAGUCAUUGCCACAACUCGAAACCUUGAUCGAGCCCCAAUGCUACUGGUACUGGGCGUAAAGCGUGUCGAGCUAGAAGGCCCGGAACUGUUGAAGAGAUUGCCUGAGACGAGCAUAGAUGUUGAAGCUCGUGGGAAAUAG